AUGAAACAACAUUUCUUGCUCAAUAUUAUAUCAGCAGGUAUAGCCAAUGCGGCUUGCCGUGCCGGGAACCGCACAAGCACUGCUCCCUUUUACGCUGUCACUAAUGCCACAUCCUAUUCGUUAUCUUAUAGCCCGGGCGCUACGAACUACUCUCCCUCUGUUAGCCCAACAAUCACCAAAAGUCACAGCAGUACUUUGAGCAGCGUAACGAUCACUACGAGCGUCACUUCAUCCGCCGCCACUACUUACACAGCUGUGCCAUCCGUGAUUGGCACGGCAGAGGGAUUCGCAUCUGGUGUCACCGGUGGAGGCAAUGCAUCACCCGUAUACCCAGCUGAUGUUGACGAGCUGGUUGCUCUGCUCGGUAGCGAUGAGCCCCAAGUAAUUGUGCUCAACAGGACGUACGACUUUGUUGGCACCGAAGGAACGACGACGGAUCUCGGGUGUGCUCCUUUCGGAACAAUCGAAGAGGGUUGUCAAUUGGCUAUCAACGCGGUCAAUUACUGCGGAGAUAAUGCCAACGUUACCAUCACCUACGACACGGCGGCGGGCAAUCCGAUAUACGUGCACUCGAACAAAACGCUCAUUGGUUUGGGGAGCUCUGGUGUCAUCAGAGGCAAGGGGUUGUAUAUGACCGGUGUCUCGAACAUCAUCAUCCAGAACAUCCACAUCACCGAGCUGAAUCCGAUGUUCGUAUGGGGUGGAGAUGCAUUGACCAUGUACGGUACUGAUCUCUUAUGGAUUGACCAUACCUCGAAUAUUGGCCGUCAACACUAUGUCACUGGAUUCAAUCCCAACACUAGAAUGACAUGGUCCAACAACUUCAUCAACGGGCACACAAACUACUCCGCCACCUGCAAUGGUCAUCACUACUGGACAUUGGAACUGCUUGGCACCGGUGAUCAAAUCACGUUCCUCAACAAUUAUGUAUACAUGACAUCCGGCCGAAGCCCCGCCCUGAGCGGCGCGACACUGUUUCACGCCGUGAACAGCGUGUGGGCGCAAAACAGCGGCCACGCGCUCGAGGGCGGGUCCACCGUUGGCGGUCUCUUCGAGGGCUGCGUCUUUGACAAUGUGACCCAGAUUGUUGGAGACGACAUUACCAUCCCGCUGUUCAGCACCAAUAGCAGCAUCAGCAACGACUGCGUCGCCAAGCUGGGCCGGCCUUGCGAGGUCAAUGACUAUGCAAACUCUGGCACUUUUAACCGGUCCGACACGAGCUUCUUUGACAGCUUUGACGGCCUGACUGUCGCCGCUCCCGUGUCUGUGGACGAGGUCCUGGCUAAUGUCCCGAGCAAGUGUGGUAUUGGACAGUUAUAG